UUCGUUGUGACCGUUCAGUAUUCUUUUGCAACUGAAUCGAAACUGUCGUAUCGCCGAAUAUUUUCAAAAAUGAACAAUAAUGUGGAUGUGACGGACAUUAAAUUAAAUGUAAAAGAUGUGAAAAGUAACUUACAACAUUUCGGUUGGAUUGAUUAUAGUGUUUUUCUGUUUAUGUUGAUCAGCUGUGCAGCCGUGGGUGUUUAUUUUGGUUUCAUUGAUAAAAACAGGAAAAGGAAGCGCAGUGCAUCAAAUGCAACUGAAAUUGCACAGGAAUAUUUGCUGGGCGGAAGACAGAUGACCAUUGUUCCCGUAGCUAUGUCACUUGUGGCAAGCUUUAUAUCUGGAAUAUCACUGUUGGGUCUCGUUACUGAAAUGUACACAUACGGAACGCAAUACCUAUUCGUCAUCAGUGCGCUCAUACUUGCUGGCCUUUUGACAUCAUACGUUUAUAUGCCCGUAUUUCAUGAUCUACGUUUGGAAUCUUGUUGUGAGUAUUUGGAAAAGAGAUUCGAUAAGAGAAUGCGACUGUUUGGUUCAGUCCUUUAUACGCUACACACGAUCACCUUUCUGCCAGUUGUGAUUUAUGUACCGGCGCUAGCUUUUAAUCAGGUAUCAGGCAUAAACAUUUACAUUGUUACACCAUUUGUAUGUGCCACAUGCAUAUUCUACACGUUGGUGGGAGGCAUCAAAGCCGUCGUUUGGACAGAUUGCAUUCAAACAUUUAUGAUGAUCGGAACGAUGUUGAUAGUAAUCGGAAAGGGCACUGUUGACGCCUAUGGUUUCGGUAAUAUUUGGGAUACGAAUUGGGCAGGUGGAAGGCUUGUGUUUCCCGAACUUACACUGGAUCCUAAAGUACGGCAUUCUACAUUGGCAUUGCUUGUCGGAGGAACGACCUACUUUACGUACAUUUUAACAUUGAAUCAGGGUAUGGUUCAACGAUACCUAGCUUUACCAACGGUUCGAAAGGCUAAAUAUGCGCUGAGCCUUUACGUUUUCACCAUAUCGUUUUUGAUUGCGAUAUGCUGCUAUGCUGGACUGAUCGUUUUCACUUUGUAUUCGCAGUGUGAUCCGUUGAAGACCAAGCUAAUCAGUGCACCCGAUCAACUGUUACCACUGUUUGUUAUGGAUUCUUUAGGCAAAUAUCCUGGUAUGGCUGGGUUAUUUAUUGCUGGAAUUUUUUCUGCAGCGUUAAGCUCGUUAUCGACUUGCCUCAAUGCCAUGGCAGCCGUGGUUUUGGAAGAUUUCUACAAACCAUUUGUUCGAAAGCCGUUGACCGAAAGACAAACCAGCUUUUUGAUGAAAGGAGUGGUUUUCCUUGUAGGAAUUGUAUCGACGGCAUUGGUAUUUGUUGUCGCGAAAUUGGGUACUGUAUUACAGUUGCAAAUGAGCAUCGCAGGUGUUACGGCUGGUCCAGUUUUUGGCGUAUUUACAAUGGGAAUGUUGAUGCCUUGGGUGAAACGAAAGGGAGCCUUUUACGGUGGUGUGUCUGGCUUGAUUGGAAUGACUUGGAUAUUGUACAAAGCACAGAGUGAUUUAGCUUCUGGUGAAUUUACGUUUCCCAAGAAACCGGUUUACACUGACAACUGCAGUUAUAGCUUUGAGUUUAACGCAUAUUCGAACCAAACUCGGACCGAAAAUGCAGAUGAUGGUUCCUUCAAAAUUCAACAUGUCUCGUACCUAUUUUACACGAUCAUUGGGGCUGUUAUCACAAUUGUGACCAGCACAAUAGUGAGUCUAAUUUUAGACGAUGGACACGAAUCGGAUCCCAUGCUUUUCAGCCCGGUCAUUAGAAAAUUUAUUGCGAUACCGCAUCAUGCGUCAAUUGUUGAACAAGAUGGAAAUGAAGUGGAUUGCACUGUACAUACAUUUGUAUUGCAAGAUAACAAAGUACAAUAAAGUUGGUGAUAGAGUUUUAGAG